UCUGAACAUGGCCUCAGCAGAGGGAAACACUCAGGUUUAUAAGAUGACAUCACUGGACACCGAUAUCAACCAACACUUCCAGGACGCCAUCGAUGUGAUUCAACACCAUUCAAAUCAUUCUUAUUAUGACUCAGAGUUCCCGCACUAUGAAACUCUGGGAGCUCAGCACUCGUCUCUGCAGUGUCACAUGUCCUGCUGCCCGGUCACUCCUCCGCCCGACGCUCCAGCCGCCGCGUACGACUGGAACGACGCGGCCCAGGCGUGGCCUCAGGUCAUCCCUGACGUCUCCCUGGGUCACUCCAUACCAACUGAAUCUCCUCACUUCUACUCCAUCGUACCACCACAGAGGAGCAGCAAAGGUCGGAAGAAGCUCAGACUCUACGAAUACCUCCAUGAAGCUCUGAAUGACCCCAACAUGGGCGACUCCAUCCAGUGGACGGACAGCGGCAGCGGCACCUUUCACUUCAUCUCCAAGAACAAGGAGAAGCUGGCCGAGUGCUGGGGCCAGAGAAAAGGAAACCGCAAGACCAUGACCUACCAGAAGAUGGCGAGGGCGCUGAGGAACUACAGCCGCACGGGCGAGAUCAUCAAAGUGCGCCGCAAACUCACCUACCAGUUCAACCCGGACAUCCUGCACAAGCUGGGCAACACGCAGGUGCCCCUGCACCUCCCCUGCCACGCUGCACAGGAGGAGGUCCUCACCCAGCAGAACCACAACCACAACCACAACCAGAACCACAACCAGAACCAGGCCGAGCAGAACUACUUCAGCAGCUCUGCAGCGGGCGACUGGCACAGCUGGUACGGACACUACCAACUGCACGAGGACUACGACCUGGCCGCCAGCUUCACCUCACACAGCACAAGCAAACUCUGAGAAGAAGCGACAAUUCUAACGCAACAAGAUUUCAAUCACUGGGACACUUUAUCACUGA